AAUGAAAGAAAAGAGGGUGGGUGGGGUGUGUGUUGGGGCGCGUGUUGAAAAAGAGGAGUGCUGCCAAAGUUUGGGUCAGAUCGGCUCGUGGAGUAAGCAGUCAAGAGAGACUUGGACUAGAGUUGGCCACACGGUCCCCACGCGAAGGACACGAGAGCUGUACACUGCCAAGCACUCCUGCUCUUCCUCCUCUUCUUUCCCCUACUGAGGCUGCGCGCACCCCCUGCAUCCAUCAAGUCGGAAAAAUCUGAGAGAUGGAAACUGCGACCAUCACCACCACGCAGACAGCAUUUACCUUUGGACUAAGCGAAAGACACGCCACCCUCAGCCUGCACGCCCCGGCCCAGGACGCAGUGUCCGCAGUUCUCCCGGACUCCAGCGCUGCAGGCUACCAGAGUAAAACCAAGGUGCUGAAGAGACAGCGCUCCAGCUCUCCGGAACUCCUCAGAUGCAAGCGGCGCCUGAGCUUCAACGGUCUUGGCUACUCCAUCCCACAGCAGCAACCCGUGGCAGUUGCCAGACGAAACGAAAGGGAGAGGAACCGGGUCAAACAGGUCAACAUGGGUUUCCAGACGCUGCGUCAACACGUGCCCAACGGCGCUGCCAACAAGAAGAUGAGCAAAGUGGAGACUCUGAGGUCCGCGGUGGAGUACAUCAGGGCUUUACAGCAACUUCUUGAUGAGCAUGACGCCGUUUCGGCCGCAUUUCAGUGCGGACUGCCAUCCCCGACCCUCUCCAACAGCUACUCAGCCGACCCGGAGUCGCCUCAUUCCACCUACUCAUCAGACGAAGGUGGCUAUGAGCCUCUGAGCUCUGAAGAACAGGAACUGUUGGACUUUACGACCUGGUUUGACAGGUACUGAUGCUGUCAACGUCCAAACAACACCAGCAUCUGUGCGUAAAAGCGCAUGAGAGCUUUCAGAGAUGCGGAUAAAAGACUUCAGUCUCGUUGUCUGUGCUCACUGAUCAGUUACCUCUCUCUCUGACUGGGACUGCUUCUGCAGGAGCAAACCAAAAGUGAGAAGAAGGGUUUGAGUGCGCCAGAGCAGGAGAAAGAAGAGGGCAUCUGUUGCAUAUGAGCGCGGACUCAUCUCUAAACUCCACAAGGAGACGAAGCUGGACUCAGAAAAAACGCUGGAAGAAAAGAACUGCUGAUUUCAUGUUUGAAUAAGUGCAAUUAACUAGAAAGGAGCUGCAGGCGCUGCAGAAGCACCUCCUCAGAAGUUUCUCGGGAUUUGUCAGAGUUUCCCGCACUGCCUUAUUCAGAUGACGCGUAAACACAACUUUCUCGUGGUGAACAUUGAAGAACAUUACAAAAACUGUAUCAUAUAGCGAGCGGGUUAACACGAAGUCAUGUUUUUUGUACACUGAGUCAAACAAAUCAAGUUUUAUUGCCACUUUCAGACAGUGUUUUGAGCGGACAGCCAGCUGGAAGUGAGCUGAUCUGCGUCAGGCAUGUGAUUGCAGCAAUAUCGAGGCUAUAAACCUGUGACAGUAGUUUUGUUUUGAUAGAUGGUAAAGAGACAUUUAUUAAUGUAUGCACUUGUCCUUGUAGCCUGUACAUAUUUGAUUUUAACAGAUAUAUUUUGUGUAAACCGAGUUUUAUAAAUAAAGACGAAUCUAUUUAUAUUA